AAAGAGAUAAUUAACAAACCUGUUUCAAAAUUUUGUUUGGUUUGUAAAAGCUUGCGACCACCAUUCUGGGGAAUCCCUCAGUCGUUCACAGUUCAUCAAUUCGCUAUGUUGGUUCUGAUUUUGUUAACGUUUUGUCAGUUUUUGUGGGUAAAUUGCUUAUCGGAUUCCACCAACUAUUUUGAAGGAGUUAGAGGUUGCAAGCAGUACAACACCAACGAUGGGUACGAAUUUGCCCAUCCGUACUUCCUGACCAGCGGCUUCGAUAAUGCCAAGGUGACCAGUGGAAACGUCACCCAGCUGCGGAUGGGCGUUCUGGGCAACAACGACGGCCACAUUCGGCUAUCGCCGAAGGAGUUCCCGUUCGAUAAUACAGAAAUGCACGAGAUCGUGCUUUCCGGCUGGGCCAACACCAAAACCGUAGUUCGGCGAUACUUCCGAACCUCGCCCCAACAUCGUGGAGAUGAAAUCAAACUGGAGGAACAGUCCAGCAACGGUCUACUAUCGGUCUACAGACCGUUAAUGUUCCGGAUGGACCUGCAUCCGGGUGGACGGGUUCAGUUGUUUCGAGACGGGCACCACCAGCCAUUUUUGCAGUUCGAGGACCGACUGCUGUCGGCGAACUAUAUCGGGUUCUGCAGCUGGGACGUUCCGCUGGUGUUCUUCUACGACUGCCCGAUGGAGAUCGAUGCGAGAUCGUGCGAGGGGAGCGUUUCGUUUAUGUAGUCUUGAUCAGUUUGA